GUACAUAAAUGCGUUUUGAACAUCCCAUCCCGGAAAUUCUCGGCAUCUCGGCAAUACAAGCUCAUGCGCCCGCGGCUGCUUCCUCCUCUUUCUCCUCCUCCUCCUUCGUUGUUAACCAAUCCAAGUCACUCUCAGGUUUUUCCUCUUUAGGGUUAUCAGUUUGGCCUCCGAUCAAUGUGACAUUCCCAUGUUCUGAAAUCAAUCUCAAGCUUCAAUCAAUCAUCCCAACUUGUGUAACCCCGAAACAAUGGCCACCACGUUGAAGACAAUCUCCGCCGCUAUCAAACUUAUCGACACAAAGAAGGACAACCUCAAGAAGGCCUACGAUGAUCUCCAUGCUCACUCGCAGAGCCUCUCUUCUUUCUCUCUAUCCUGGUCUGAAAUCGAUUCUCACUUCACUUCUAUCCAGAAUUCGCUCAAUCAACGUUUUAAACUCCUUGAGUCCCUCGAAUCCCAGGGUGGCCACCCUAGUUCCUCAACUUCACUCGUUCCCACACCAGCCCAUAAUCCAAAUGACCCCACCCAGAACCCUAAAGAUCCGUCGUCGUCUUCUUCAAAUCCGUCAGGUCAAAAUCAAAAGCUCCCUGGCGAUCCGUCUUCAUCGUCGAACCAACCGGAUCAAAAUGGAGCAGGUGUUGUGCCCAAAAACUAUGUUGUAUCGAGCUCGGUGAUGCCUAGAUACGAGUUGAGUACUCUGUGCGAGAAGAUGGAUGGCAAGGGAUUGAGGCAGUACGUUAAUCUUCACGCGAAGGAGAAGGCUGCCAUUCAGGCGGAGCUUCCCGGGGCGUUACGUUUUGCUCCAGACCCAGCGGCGAUGGUUCUGGAUUCUCUUGAUGGGUUUUAUGGGGUAAAUGACCCCGGGGACGUGGAACAACGUAAGCUUAGGAGGGCUUGCAUCCUCUUGUUGGAACAGCUAAGGGUUUUAUCUCCAAAUAUAGGGUUCAAAGUGAGAGAACGAGCCAAGACGAUGGCGGCAGAGUGGAAAGCAAGUUUGAGAACUGAUGGCGCAAAGACGUUAGAGGCAUUGGGCUUUUUGUAUUUUAUGGUGACAUAUGGUUUGUUUUCUGAAGUCAGCAUGGAUGAACUUGUUGAUUUUACUGCUAUGGCUGCUAACAACGAUGAGGUUCCCCAGCUAUGCCGAAUCAUUGGUUUGACAGAGAAAAUUCCUGAUGUUGUUCAAAAACUUGUUGAUAAGGGCAAACAUGUUUUGGCUGUCAAGUAUGUCUUUGAGUUUAAUCUUGCCGAUAAGAUCCCACCAGUUCCCAUCUUGAAAGCUUGUGUUGAUGAGGCUAAUAAACUUGCUAAAAGACUUCGCCAGGAAGGGAAGUCACUGAAUGAGGUCACAGCAAGAGAAAUCCAUGCACUGAAAUCAGUAAUAAAGGUUAUUGAGAGCUAUAAGCUUGAAUCUCAAUAUCCACCAGCAAUCCUGGAGCAGCAAAUAGUGCAACUAAAGAAGAAGAAGACAGAUAGGAAACGUGCUGCACCACCAUCUGUAAAGCUUCAUCCUCAGUCUCAACCUCAACAGCAACCACAGCAGCAGAAGAAAAAGAAGCAGAAGCAGCAGAAACAUAUUGGAAACCAGCAUCCUCGAACAUCAGUCCAAGUUGGCCCUUCAGCUGUGCAGAAGAUUGUUAGUGUUGCCAAUUCAGCAUUGCAUCAGUACCAACAGCCUCUGAUACAGCCUACAGGUUUGUUGCCAGAACAGCUGGGUUCAUACAUGAGCUCACAAGCUGUGCCAUAUGGAAUGGUGGGUCAAACCUCCACCAUUUCUCCCUAUACAGGUCCUUCAGUUGGGCCUUAUGAUUUUUCUGGUGUCCCAAUAGGGUCCAGUGGCAAUCCAACUCCAGGUGGUUCACAUCUAUAUUCAGAGCCAAAUUUGCAGUCUGGUUAUUAUGACAGAACCACUGCUUAUAGUGGUUAUGGUCUUCAACAAUAUUACCAACCUCACUAUCCUCAAUAGUUCAAGGAUUUGCUUCUCACUGAACUGUUGGGACUUGGGAUGGUAUAAUAGUCUCUUUGUGACUUUUCACUGCUGGUGUGUGGCUGCCAAUAGUGGAUUUUCCUGGUUGAUCACCAUGAUCGAAAAACAGGAAUUUGAUUCAGUAAUUAAGAAUUGUGAGGGAAUGUUUAAUUUCACAAUUUUGAUUACUUGAAUCAGUUUGUAUCUAGUAGAUUACUUUUAUGUUAUGGUCUACUAAACUUCUCUGCUUUUUUCUGAAUGGAAGUUGGUGCUAGGAUUUUAAAAGUAAGAGCUCCAUGGAUAGAAUCAUUUCCUAUUUGUAUUAGCUAGAUUUGCUUGAGAAUUACUUAUCAAUUGAGUCUACUGUGGGCUCACCUUAGCAAAUACUUUUCAAGACCUAGGACAAAAAUAUAAAAGGGUCAUUUUUUAAAGAUUGGCAAGGGUAUAUCUUGUCACAAUUUCUAUCUA